AUGAACACCUCGGUUCUCGCCCCGCUGGGAAAUAUUUCCGGUCAUCUGAAUUUUUCGGAGAUGAACUCGCAGAUCUUGCAGUUUGAGGAUGAAGAUUGCCAUGUGCCUUUGGCCAUGGUCUUCACUUUGGCCUUGGCUUAUGGGACUGUGAUAAUUCUGGGAGUCUCCGGGAAUCUGGCCUUGAUCGUCAUUAUUUUAAAACAAAAGGAGAUGCGCAAUGUCACCAACAUCCUCAUUGUCAACCUGUCGUUUUCUGAUCUCCUGGUGACCAUCAUGUGUCUUCCCUUUACCUUUGUGUACACUUUAAUGGACCACUGGAUUUUUGGGGAGGCCAUGUGCAAGCUGAACCCUUUCGUGCAAUGUGCUUCCAUCACCGUCUCCGUCUUUUCUUUAGUCCUCAUCGCUAUUGAGCGCCAUCAGCUGAUCAUCAAUCCCCGCGGCUGGAGGCCGAACAACAGGCAUGCCUACAUGGGGAUUGCUGCCAUAUGGAUUUUAGCCACAGCUUCCUCUCUGCCUUUCCUGAUCUACCACGUGUUAACAGAUGAGCCCUUCAGAAAUGUAACGUUUGAUGAAUAUAAGAACAAAUAUGUGUGCUUGGACCUGUUCCCCUUGGACACUGCCAGGCUUUCUUAUACCACGACGCUUUUGGUGAUUCAGUACUUUGGGCCACUUUGUUUUAUAUUUAUUUGCUACCUGAAGAUAUACAUACGGUUAAAAAAAAGGAACAACAUGAUGGACAAGAUGAGAGACAGUAAGUACAGAUCCUCUGAAACCAAAAGGAUCAACAUCAUGCUGAUUUCAAUAGUGGUCGCAUUUGCAGUUUGCUGGCUGCCUCUCACCAUCUUCAAUAUCGUGUUUGAUUGGAAUCAUGAAAUUCUGCCUGUUGCUACCUGCAGCCACAACCUGUUGUUCCUAAUUUGCCACCUCACUGCCAUGAUCUCCACCUGUGUGAAUCCCAUCUUCUACGGGUUUCUCAACAAGAACUUCCAAAGGGACCUUCAGUUUUUUUUUCAUUUUUGUCACUUCCACUCCCGGGAGGAGGAUUAUGAGACUAUAGCCAUGUCUACCAUGCACACAGAUGUCUCAAAAACCUCUUUAAAGCAGGCAAGCCCCAUCGCGUUUAAAAAAAUAAAUACUGAUGAUGAUGAAAAAGUAUAAAGAAGUAAUAAAAGUUCUACACCAAACUGCAAGGAGUGUGAUUGCAGGUGAAGUGUGUCCAAGGACAAGCACAAUUGCAUAACAAGUACAAAAAGGGUAAUGUUUUUCUUCCUUUUCCAAGGAACUUUGAUUGUUGUCGCUUUGAAAUUACGUGCUGUGCAUUUUUGCCCCUUUUACGGCUUUAAUAUAGAAGUUAUAUCUGAAUUUUAUUGUAAGAUAUAGUCAGACCUGCUACUUUCCUAUGGUUUUCAUCAGCUGUUUUUGUUCUGUUUUCUUUGUACAGUUCUGUGCUUCAGCACAAAGGUUUACUUAUUGAUUUUUUUUCAAAGAAAUAGUUUUCAGGAGUGUCCAUUAGAAAAAAUAUGAACCACAGGGACACUGUCAUUACAGAGGAUAUCCACCAAAUAAUAAAAUUAGGAAAUUCUGAUUUGAAGAGGACUUUUUUUUUUUAAAUUCAUCUUCUGAUUGAUGCUAAAAUCCUGUAAAAUCAGUGUAGUUAUGCAAAAAACAAAUUAUAUAAAACCUGUAGAAUAUGUUUAAAUGUAAAAAUACAGUUGUCUCAUUCAAGGAGGCAAUUUGGGCUGUAAUCACUUAGUUUCAAAGACAGGAUUAAGAAAUUCUGUUCUCAUUUACAAUAAUAAAACCCUACAGUAAUUCCAGAGAGAACAAUGAGAUAACUGAUGCUUCAGCACAGCAAAUGAAAACAUAAAUGGGGCUUCAGUCUCAAAUGAUUACAGCUGGUUUUAAUAACACAGGCUUUUUAAUUUAAAAAAUCCAAACCCCAUCUUCAUCUGGCAUCACUGAGAGGAGUUAUUGGGAUGAAAUGAAUCAUCUGUUCUGAGCCUGUGAACCAUGUAAAUUCUCCUUGAGCCCUAUGUCCAGAAUCUAGAGGGAGAUGGGACUGUUUGCUAUCUGGACAAGGUGCAAUUUCAUCCUCACAGGUGACAGAGAAAUUCAGGUCUAGUAUUAAAACAUUAAGAUUGAGUCUUUUCAUAGUAAUUAGUGUUGACCUAUAUAAAUUAUGUAUAGCCUCAUAAUACUUUAUGUUCAGGUGCAAUGGCAUAAACCUGGAUAAUCACCAAGACAAAGGAUAGUUUAAUGAAGACCUGCAAAAUUUAAAAGAAGGAUAUGAAUAUAGUUUGGGUAUAAUAUAUAAUAUAUAUAAUUGGUAUGUUUAACUUUCAAACUCACAGUUCCCACAGUUGGUUGAAGUGUGGAAACAUUUGCCAAAUAUACACAAUAGACCUCUGUUACUGCUUAAAAUAUAUAUCCACUAAUUACACAAAAUAUUCAUGGCUAGAUCCCAGUUGAGGGAAAGCAUAUAACUUGACUGCUGUAAAUGAAAUUACAACAGUACCAGCCAGCUGAGGUUCUGUGUCAUGCAGUGUACUUCGCUAUAUCCUCAUGUCUUUUUGAAUAAUCAGCUUUUUAAAAUACAAUAUAAGACCCUACUUUCUUUCAGCAAGGUCACUUUAAAUCAUUCUGGCAGACAAGAGGGUCUUUAAAAUGGAUAUAAAUGUAAAUGCAACAUAAACGGAAAUCCAAUGUGAUAAAUUUCUGAGCAAAAAUAUCUCAGGAUAUGAGAUAUAUUAUGGUGAAUUUAAUAUGUUCUAAAUUUGUCAUAGAUAAAUGCCUAAGAAAUUAAAAUUAUUUGGGUUGCAAGUAUUUAAAAGUGAAACACUGUGCCUUGUGCUGUCUUAUAAAUAGUGUAGAAUAUUAAAGUAGCAAUGUGUUCUUGUGCAUUAUAAUUCCAUGUAUUUCUCUACUGUGAGAUAAUUUAAUUUAAAAGGAGUUUUCUGUGCUUGAGAACAGAGGCAGAAUGUAGAAAAUUAAUUAUAAGACAGAAGGUUCUUUCAGAGCUUUGCCUUUUUUAUUUUAUGAGAUUUCCUUUUCUUUGUGCUUCUCCAUGGAAUGUGCUGUUAAUAACUUGACAAGGGUUUCCUGAAUUUAUUUCUCUCUUACUUUACAACAAUUUUCAUAUUUCAAAGGAUAUGUAUUUUCACAAUGAGAUACAAUGUACAAAAACAGCCAUGGGUUUUUUAUUGAGAAUAUCACAGUGGGUUUUUCCCAUUACAAAAAGUCAGUGUUUAUUUUAUGGCUUUUUUAUUAUUUUUCUUUUCAUUUUUAAAAAGCACUUUAUUUCAAUGUAGUGCAAAAAGAAAAUUCACUCAGUUGAGAAACUUUCCAGUUUGUUUGCUGUAAAUUUUUGACCAAGCUGGAUUAGGUGGUUAUACAGAGGAGGUGUAGAGGAAGUUUAGAGGAGCCUGAUGGUGCUCAGGAACCUGAACCAGGUAUGUCCUAAGAUUUGGAGGUCUCCAGUGGGAUAGCAACGUAAUUCUUCCUAUGUCAGCAUUUCUCCUGCUUCAGGUACAGUCUCAAAUCAUGCAGCCCAUCUGACACUGUCACACUAUCUCCUGAGAAUGCAUGUCAGGUGUUUUUUGCCCACCAGCACCUGAUAAGCAGGGCAUACUAUAAAUGGGAGCAUUCCUCCUGCUCAGCCUUGUUAAGCUCAGGACCCUCUGCACUGCUGUCCUAGGAUCAGACUUGUUAUGUUUCCCCUCUUCCCUGCAAGAAGCCUUUCUGAGCCUCUGCUCAGGAUGCAGCUUAGGGCUUCGUCACACAAACAGCACAGGGCACUCUACCUGUAAUGACAAUGGAAAUGAACACAGUGUGAAGACCAUUCUGCAGGAAAAUGCAUUUGGAGAAUUUCAGAGGCAAAAGCAUGGCUUUUAUGAAGAAUUUGUUAUGAGGCCAGGGAUAAAAGUAGUCUCUCUGAGGUGCUGACCUCACAUCUGCAGGGUGUAUCUCAGAUCUAUGGAGAGCAGUGUUUUUGUCUUUGGCUUCAUGACUUGACGCUGGAGUUCUCCAAAGCUUCCCCCUCCCAACAGCCAGCUACAGUACUGAUCCUCUUUUUCAUUUUCAGAGCCCCAGCAUGGCUUCUCUAUAUGCUAAAUUUCUUUACACGGUAAACUGACAGGUUUCAUGUUUCACUAUAAUUUUUCAAUCAUUCUGGAUUGAUAUUUAUUUCUUCUACCUGCUGUUUUGUCAAACGUCCCACACUUCAGCACAUGUUGAUUCCUGUCUCAAAAGCCUGAGGAUCCCUUUUAUUCUUUAAGAGUUGUAGAAAAGUUUUACUGACAGAAAAACAGAACAGUGAGUGAUCUAUAAUGUAUCUUAUUAUUUAUGUGUCAUACAUUUAAUGUCAAAUCUCCAGCCUUAAAUGACAAAUAUAACUAUUUAAUAAGCAUCAGUAUUUGCUCCAUUUUUCAGUUAUUUUAGUAUCUUAAAUGUCAGUUUGAUCGACCACAAACAUUUACCAUUUCUACAUAAUCUAAAUAAACUAGCAUAUUUGUAUAUCAUGUUAAUAAAUAUGUCUGUAUUCCCAUUUUGCCUUUUUUCCCCCCCAAAAAUGGUUGUGUCAUUGUUACUAUGUACAGUAAUUCAUGACUUUCACAUCAACAUUAAAAAAGAAAAAUAAGAAAGGAAGUGAUUAAUUGACAAUAAAGCCUGCCUUCAGUAGGCUAAGGAGAGAACUGGAAAUUUAAAAAUGUAUAUCUCUGUGUAUGAAAUCUACCCUGUCUUAUGACCACAUAAAGAGAAAAGAUUUAAACCAGGAAUGGAAAUCAACAUGACAGAACCCCCAAGGGACUUGAGCUGAUGCUGACUGCAUCUCAUCACUGAUAAAGGUGUGAAGGGCUAAGGGCUUUUAUAUUCUGACUCUGUGGUCUUCCACUACAGUACCAGCUAUUAUUAAUGGAUCCUAAAGGGAAAAUUUGAUGCUGAUUCAUAUUUAGACUGUAAAUCACUAAGUGUUUCAAUCCAGGCCUGUAUAUAAAAUUCUCAUUUUGACCUCAGAGAAAUAUUCUCAGUUCAAUGAAACUGAGAAGUUUCUUAAAGUUAACCAUUUGCCUAGACAUUCUACUGAAUGAAACUGCAUUGCUGGCUGGCAGUUCACACUCUCCUAAAAAUUAGAUUUUGGAUAUUAGCUUUUUACAGAAGUAAGUUAAUGGCAUAUUGUUGUUUGGCCAUUUUUGCAGUGCAUAGAAAAUGAAGAAAAUAAGGAGAUUUUUUAUCUUCUCUUCUUAUUUUCAAAGCAUACAAAACAGUAGGAAACACAAGCUUAAAUAACAUCUCUGUCUGCCACAGAUUAAAUUCAUUCAGUUGAGUGGAAAGGGGAGAGGAGUAAUAAUUAUAACCAAAUGAUUAAUUUUGUUUACAGUAAUUUCUCAGUUGAAGGAUAUACACAGCUCCAAGAUCUAGCAUCUUCAUUCUUGUGUUCUUUAAUAUGUGGUAUCUGCUUCCCUGAGUUAUUACUAAUUAGCCAAGUAAUUACUAAAGUUGGCGUGAAAGAAAAUUCUUCUAUACAGGUCUUCCAGAAUUUCAGAUGCUUUAGUAUAACAUAUAAGAUGAAAAAAUGUGAUCAGCUUUGGCUCUUACACUUUAAUCAAUCUGUGGCCAAGAACCACUUCUAUUCAGUAUUUCUGCCCAUGCAUAGCAGUGUUAAUGGUCUGACUGCAGUUGAUAUUUCAAUAUUCGGGAGUGCAUUCACAAAGAUUAACUUCAGCUUUCUUUGCUUGUCUCCUCCAGCAGCAAGCCAAGGGCACUCACACCUGCACUACUCUGGUGCUAGGCACUGCCAAAAUGUCUUUCCCUCAGUUGUCUGUAUAGCUGCUAAGUGGCAGGACUGCCAUCUUCCUCCAUCUUCCAUGGUGCUUCUGCUCUCAUUUGUAUUUGACCCCCUGCUAGCUGCUUUCUGAGGAACCUGGUGAAAUUUGUACUCUGAUUUUAUAAAGUGCCUGAGUAUAUGAUAAAAGUAUAUGACAGUCCUUUAGUUUAUUUCAUUAAAAUUAUCUUCCAGCAAGUGUCUUAUAGGCAAGUUUCUCAAAAUUUAGAAGUACAUAAUUUACAAGCCUGUUUAGGAAAUAUGUCCAUACAGAACAUCCAGCUCAUUGCAGCAAAACUGACAGCACACACUGUCUUGUGUUUUCCAAAUAGCUGAAUUGAUCUGGUUAUUUAUCAUAGGUCAGACUUAGAUGCAAGAAUUUGCCCCAGGUGAGAACAUGUUUGAAGGUGCUGUACAGGAGAUAUUCUGCAUGAUUAACUAACUUGCUACAAAUUAUGCAACAUGUCAGAUAUACAGGGAAAUAGAGUUUGGAAGAGAGACAAAAAGCAGAUCUAGAUGAAGAUUUGAUGCCUUCUGUCAGACACAAAAAACUCAAAGGGAGAAUCAGAUAUUUAUUUUGGGGAGUCAACAGACUGACAGAUAAAUGUUUUUGAGCAAAGUGGUGCUCAAAGAAGUACGUAUGAUAAAGAGGUUCUCUGCUCCCAUUUCCAGAAAAAGAAUAUGGACCUUAAUAAGUUACUCUGAAAAUAUAUUUUUGGAUUAAUCUAAAUUUCUUUUUGAAACAAAGGAAAUGAAAUGGCUUUGGCAUAGUCGAAAAAUAACAGCUUUUCAUUGCACCCACCCAGUGCACAUGAGUCCAUUUGCUUCUUCUUCUGCACAGCAUGGAGAAGGUUUGUUUAUGGCAGGAUGAGUAACCUGCUCAACAAAGCUCUCCUUGUCUCUCUUGGCUCAUAUCCACACUGAUACAGUGCUGUUGUUUUUCCCUUUGCAAUCUUCCCUCCUGCCCCAGCCUCUCCCAAGCUAUGAAACACUCCCAAGUUUUUAUUAUGCUGUUUGUGUUGUUUCUUAAUAAAAACUG